AAAAUGGUACCCAGGAGUGGUGGAUUCAUAGUGCUGGCAAUGAACCUCAGCAGUAACCCUGGUGGCAGUCAAAAAUAAUAAAAGAAGAAGAUUGUUUAGCAGACCCUUUUAUGCCGUGUCUGUGCUCUUUUGCAGGCAGCAGCCCUGAUCCCUGACACCUGACCGCAUGGAAGCCAGCCAGCUCCUGUCCCCACGAGCUGGACACCCCAAACUCCCUGCCCAGCAGGGUGAGAGCCCAGAAACUGCCCUGGAGAGACAGGUGCAGCCCCAACAGGCAGAGGAGCCGAGGGCCGGAGAGGAGUGACCGCAGCUGCUGUGCCCUGGGAGCCCCCAGCCCCCGCCUCAGACCACUGCCCUCACCGUUUUGGGGGACUCUGGGGAAGAGGGCAAGAUGUAGGCAGGUGGGGCACACUUGUGGGUGCUGCCACCUCCAACCCCACAGAGCUCCCUGCGACAAGACUGGCCCUGCCCUGGGGGUCACCCUCACAGAAGAAGCCAGAGGGAAGACCCCAGGGGUCCCCCUCCUCCAAGGGAAGCACCCCUCCCCCACAUCUGGGAAUGCCAGCCAGUCCGGAAUGAGCCUGCUAUGGCCAAGCUGUGGCUCAAGGUCCAGCGCUACUUGCGCCGGAAGCCGGUGCGUUUCUUCACCUUCCUGGCACUCUACCUGAUGGCCGGGAGCCUGGUUUUCCUCCACUCGGGCUUCGGGGGCCAGCAGACCACGCCCCAGGCCCAGGCCAGUCCCCCCUCGGCCGAGGGUGCCGAGCUACCCUUCCCAGGCGACCUCCAUCUGGGCCGAGGCCUCCAGGAGCCAGGAGAGGCCCCCAGCAUCGGUCGCAGGCAUGGGCCCUGGUUCAAGGGCAAGGAUGGGGCCACUGACAGGGCCAAGCUGGGUGACUACGGCGGUGGUACCUGGAGCCGGGCCCUCAAGGGCAGGGCUGUGCGGGAGAAGGAGGAGGAGAGAGCUAAGUAUAUUGGCUGCUACUUGGAUGACACCCAGAGCCGGGCCCUGCGAGGCGUGUCCUUCUUCGACUAUAAGAAGAUGACCGUCUUCCGUUGCCAGGACAACUGUGCCGAACGGGGCUACCUGUAUGCGGGGCUCGAGUUCGGCGCGGAGUGCUACUGUGGCCACAAGAUCCAGGCGCCCAACGCCAGCGAGGCCGAGUGCGACAUGGCCUGCAAGGGCGAGCGCGGCGGCAUGUGCGGCGGUGCCAACCGCCUCUCGGUCUACCGGCUGCAGCUGGCCCAGGAGUCCACCCGCAGGUACGGCAGCGCCAUCUUCCGAGGCUGCUUCCGCCGGCCCGACAACCUCUCCCUGGCCUUGCCCGUGACCGUGGCCAUGCCCAACAUGUCUGUGGACAAGUGUGUGGACCUGUGCACGGAGAAGGACUCCCACCCCUCCCAGGAGUACCCGCUGGCGGCCCUGGGGGGCACCGCCUGCCACUGUGGCUUCCCCACCACGCGCUUCCCCCUGCACGAGCGUGAGGAUGAGCAGCUCUGUGCCCACAAGUGCGGCGCCGAGGAGUUCGAGAGCUGCGGGACCCCCAGCUACUUCAUCGUCUACCAGACGCAGGUCCAAGACAACCGCUGCAUGGACAGACGCUUCCUCCCGGCCAAGUCCCAGCAGCUCAUUGCCCUGGCCAGCUUUCCGGGUGCCGGUAACACGUGGGCACGUCACCUCAUCGAGCUGGCCACUGGCUUCUACACUGGCAGCUACUACUUCGACGGCUCUCUGUACAACAAAGGGUUCAAAGGUGAGCGGGACCACUGGCGCAGCGGGAGGACCAUCUGCAUCAAGACGCACGAGAGCGGCCAGAAGGAGAUCGAGGCCUUCGACGCGGCCAUCCUGCUCAUCCGCAACCCCUACAAGGCGCUCAUGGCCGAGUUCAACCGCAAGUACGGCGGCCACAUCGGCUUCGCGGCGCAUGCACACUGGAAGGGCAAAGGUGCUGGUGGUGCACUUCGAGGACCUGCGGCGGGACCUGUUCGCGCAGCUCGGCCGCAUGGUGGCGCUGCUGGGCGUGGCGGCGCGGGAGGACCGGCUGCUGUGCGUGGAGAGCCAGAAGGACGGCAACUUCAAGCGCUCGGGGCUGCGCAAGCUGGAGUUCGACCCCUACACGGCCGACAUGCAGCGCAGCAUCGCCGCCUACAUCCGCACGGUGGACGCCGCCCUGCGCCGCCGCAACCUCACCGGCCUGCCCGACGACUACUUCCCCAGAUGACCUCUCCCCCCCGGGGGGGGGCCCAUCCCGGGCAGACCCUGCCCCCACCACCACCAGGGCGGACACUCCCACCCCCACCCCAGGGUGGGACCCCCCCCAGGGCACGGGGACCCCUCUCUGUCCCCAAGGCCCCACCCCAGCUCUCUGGGUGUCCCUGUGCUUCCAGGAGCCAGGUGAGGGGUUACCCCCUGCAGGAAUGGGGGGGCCUGUGGCGCCAGGGCUAACGGGGUUCAUGGACAAAACCAGCCCCAGAGCCCCCUCUCCCUCUCCCUCCAGGCACCCAGAUUCCCCAGGACCCUUCUGUUUGAGUGAAGAAGACUGGGGGGGACAGGCCUGUAGUGCUGGUGGUCUGCGGGGCGCCCCUAUCCCAAACCCUCUCUCUCCCCCCAUGUGACUUGAGGGUCCCAGCGCUCCUGGGGGCAUCCACUGUCACUCCCCUCUUUGGGGGGCUUCAUGCCUCAUGCAAAAUCUGAGUCAAUUGGAGCUCCCCCCCAAAAAAAAAAAAAAUCAUAACCUCUGCAUGGUAGGGUCUAGCCUGCUCACCUUACAUUGCCCUCUGACCCCUGCAGGGGUGAGUGGGAGUGGGGGGCUCUGGUCUCCAAGUGAGAGAGUGAGCAUGCCCGAGGGGGGGCGCCCCAGGACCUCCCCAGACCACCAGUACCCCCCCAUCCUAGCCCAUCAGCCACUGCCCUGGGGCCCUUGAAGGAACAGGUGUUGGGGUGUGUGUCCCCCACAAACGCUGCUUUCCUGCUGCCGGGACAUAAACCAAAGGAUCCCAGACCCCACCCCACCCUCGUCUCAGCACGACCCCACCCUCGUCUCAGCACGGCCCCCCCCAGGAUGCCAACGCCACCCCCUCUCUCCUCCUGCCCCAGCCUGAGCUCACCCCCCACCCCUAGAGAUGUGAAAGCCAUAGUUCACAGCUCUUUGCCCUUCCCUGCGGAGCACGCCCCCAGAACUGUCCUCGGGAAGCCGCGGGGAACAGGGAAAGGCCGGGGCCCCCACGGCCACAGGACUCUGGGAUGUCGAGGCAAAGAGAUUUAUUUUUCUAAAAGGAAUAUGACUGAUACAUUCCGCCCCUUGGGACCUGGGCUGCACAGAGACACAGACAAGGUGCCUGGGGCUCUCUCGCUGGGUCCCCUCAGCCCAGGACUGGCGGUGUCCCGGGGCUCAGCCAGGGGGCUCUGAAUGUAUUUUGUACCGUGUUUCUCUCCCCCACCACCCCAGGCAAAUUUCUAGUCUUCCUUGGGGAAGCAAUGGAGGGCCUGGCCUCCCCUCCGAGUAGAGGUUCUCUCUCUUUCAGCCCAAGACCUGGGUCAGUUCUCUGCUGGUGGUCAGCUCUGGCCAUGAGCCUCCGUCUGAAGAUUCCUCAGGUCAACCCAGCAUUAAAAGCAAGUUUUGUUGAUAA